AUGGUAAUGAAUGAUUCUGGCCACCGGGUGUCGCGCGCCUCCAACAUGUCCAACUCGGCCGCAGCCGCCAGCGUUGGCAGCAACUCUGCAAACGCAGACGACUCUGCAUCUACCAUUACUGUCAAUACCACGCCCAAGGCUCCUCCAAACUUUCCUCCGCCAAAGACCGACAAGCCUCGCCCGCACGUCUGCGCGACUUGCCAGCGCUCCUUCGCCCGCCUGGAGCACCUGAAGCGCCAUGAGCGCUCGCACACAAAGGAAAAGCCGUUUGAGUGCCCCGAGUGCUCGCGAUGCUUUGCCCGCCGCGACCUGCUGCUUCGUCACCAGCAGAAGCUGCACCAGACGUCGACGCCCUCCGCUCGCCCGCGAAACCGCCGAGAGUCAACCAGCGGCGUGCCCCCAGGCCAGAGCCGGGCUCGCAAAAACAGCGUCGUGGGCGCCAGCCAUGCGGCGACGGCCCCCAACCCGGGUGCCGCCAACACGAUGCGUCCGCGGGCAAACACUAUCAGCCACGUCGAUGGGGCUGCCAUGCAGAUGAUUGCCACGGCCAAUGCCAACGUCGCUAGAGGCAUGCACGCCGGGCACAGCCGUCACCCCAGUCUUGCCGGCCUGCCCAUCCACAACUUCGACCCCGUGUUUGGCGGCAUGUCCAUGACCAUGGGCCAGAGGGCGACGCUCGCGCACGGCCUCCCCAAGCUGGAGACGGGCCAGAUCGGCGGUACCGAUCUGGAAAAUGCCCUGCGUACAGCACCUCCCCUCGCUGCCUUCAACCCCGAAUUUGAUUUUGAGAGCUACUUGUUCGCGCCGGGCACAACCAUCAACCCCAACGCGCUUCACUAUAAUGAUUCCCCGCCCUCGAUGGUAAUGGAGCAGGCCUCCCCGUUUGCGCAAGCCCUCAACGACAUCCCGUCGAACCCGGCCUUUGACGACUCCUUUGACUGGCUCAGUGGAUUUGAGCACCAAAUGUCUUUUCAGACAAACGAAAAUGUGGUGGACGAGUCGAGCCCGUCUGCUCUUAGCACGACGAGCCAGAGUGGCAUCAGCGAUGUCAUGUUGGAUGGAUCAAAUCACCCGGCGCCGGCUGGCACGAGUACCAUGUGGCAACCCUCCGUGAUGGGCCCCCCGCAGAUGCCGAACCCGUUUGCUUUGGAUCUGAAUGGUUCAGUCUUUCCGGAUCUCCUCAAUGGAGCUCCUUUAUCACCUCAGCCAGCUACUCAAAAGAUCAAUGACCCAUACUUCUCCACGCCCCCACCAUCGCUGAGCUCGUUGAGCCCUUCCGUCGUAUCUGGACUGAACACGCAGAGCAUUAACCAGACCCUUGGCUUCAACGCCGGCCCGGAAACCCCAUCAUCCCUCAACGGCGUUAACCAUGGCGCUUCGCCCGUAACCACAAUCACAGAUGCCACCAGGAAUGCCAUCGUGACCAUCCUCUCCCAGUGCCUGCCCUUUGGAGGCCGUAAAUAUCCCUUUACUUCGCCGCAGUCGCCGCAGUUCCAAUCGCCCUCCCCGGCUCAGGCCGCCAACGUGCCCAGUACCCAGAAUCUACAGCGUUAUGUCUCAGCUUACAUCUCAUAUUUCCAUCCCCAUUUCCCCUUCUUGCACCUGCCCACUCUGUCCUUUGACAUGUCCACGUCCCCGAGCGGUCGCCAGAACGGUGUAGGCGGUAGUGGGUGUCUGGUGCUCGCCAUGGCGGCCAUUGGCGCCCUAUAUGAAAUGGAGCAAGCCCAGUCCAAGGACCUGUUCACCAUGGCUAAGAAGAUGAUCUUUUACUACCUCGAGGAACGACGCAAGGCCGACGUUCGCAAAGCAGAUAUCCGACGCAGCACGCACAGUGGCGACCCCGACCAGCCGUCGUCAUCGUCACAAGGUAGGGAUAGCUCAGCCCACACGCCCGUCUGGCUCGUCCAGGCGAUGCUGCUCAACGUCGUCUACGGCCACAACUGCGGCGACAAGACCAUCAGCGACAUCGCCUCAACUCACUGCGCAGCGCUCGUCAGCUUGGCCCAGGCAGCCGAUCUGCUACGGCCCGAGCAGGAGGAUGGACAGGAUACUCGCAUGUUUGAUGACUCAAUGUGGAAUAGGAAAAGUGAACUCGAACAACGACAGGAGUGGCUCCAGUGGAAGCGAAAGGAAGAGCGCAAGCGCACGCUGUACGCCGUCUUCAUCAUGUCCAGCCUCUUAGUUGCCGCUUACAACCACACCCCGGCUCUGACCAACUCUGAAAUCCUGCUGGAUCUCCCCUGCGACGAGGAAUUCUUCGCCGCCGAAUCGGCCACCCACUUCUUCGCCAAGGGCGGUCCCGACGCAGCCAACCACAAUCGCCUCAAGUUCUGCGACGCCCUUGGAGAGCUCCUGCGCACAAAUGAGCGACAACAGAAGCACAUGGCGAUGAAUGGCGGCCAACACUCCCCGGCUGAGCUCCCUUCUACGAAUCUCAGGCCCAGCACUUUCGGCUGCUUGAUUCUCAUCAACGCGCUGCACAACUACAUCUGGGAAACACGACAAAGGCACCACAAUAAAGUCUGGACCAACGAGGAGACGGAAAAGAUGCACCGGCAUAUCGAGCCAGCCUUGAAGGCGUGGCAAGUGGCCUGGGCCAGCAAUCCGAAACACACCGUGGAGCGUCCAAAUCCGUACGGCAUGGGCCCGCUUUCUGCUGACGCAAUUCCCUUGCUUGACCUGGCAUACGUGCGGCUGUUUGUCAAUCUAUCUAGGUCCAAGGAAAAGUUUUGGCAGCGAGACUGGGACGGCAUGGCCGAGGAACUGGCUCGAGGAACGGAGAUUGUUCAGCAUGCCGAGCAUUCCCCCGGAUCCAACGCAGAGCCAAUGGGCAACGAUAACUUUGAUAGCUCUCUCUUCACUGGUUCACCAUCGGCCUCAGUCGCGGGCUCAGAUCCCUCGGGCAAAUUCUCCAACGGCUCUCAGUUCGCCACUCGUUCCAUUUCCCGCCGAGAGCGACAUCUACGGAAAGCCGCCUUUUAUGCGGCCGAUUCUUUGGCCAUGUCAGACAAGCUUGGGGUAACCUUUGCUGACUUUACUAGUCGUGAGCUUCCCCUGCAGUCGGCCAUGUGCGCAUUUGACUGCGCGCAGGUCCUUGCCGAGUGGGUUGCUACCUUGCAAGAUAGAGUCGGUCCAUACUUGGGUAUUUUGGGCCAGAAGCACAUUGAACCUUCGCAAAUGCCCGCCAUCAUGCUGUUGGAAGAAGACGACAUCAAGCUGCUAGAUAGGAUACAAGAAGUCUUGUCUUCGGCGGAGAUGAAGAUUAGCCUGGAUCUUAUGGCCAGCUUGACCGCCACCGAUGCCGGAACCCCAGAUGAUGGACAGGCUGGCUAUGCAACCAAGAUUCUUCGAGUUACGUCCCAGAUGCUGGACAAGGCGGCCGUUUGGCCAGUUACGCAUCUCAUGGCCCGUUGCCUCGACAGUCACGCCACUCGGAUGCGGGCCAGGACAGAAAAAUCCACCGCCUUGACCUCGGAUUAA